GUAUAAUACAAAAUCUUAAGUCUGGGACAAGAGAUGUCGUCCGCAGAGAGUAACAUUAGUCAGGAUGAAGACAGCUUCAGGUCACAACCUAAAAGACUGUCGCAAGUGGUAUCAAAACUGAAGAAGACGGGCAAGAUCCGACGCAAGAAGAGGGCGAGUUUCAUCCCUUCGGGUAAAGAAAAGGAGAACCUAUCUUCCUGGAUUUUAGAGAAUAUUAAAAAGAAAGAAUGUAUGUAUUAUGUGGAGAGUUCCAAGAUGAGCGACAUGAGAAAGCAUAUAUGUAUGUGUGGGUACCCUAAAGAACAUCAUAUAGGUGCGGCCACGUCGCCACGGCCGUUCCAAACCAAAGAGACGUGGGAUGGAAGAGAACAUAUAAAGGAAAUGCCUACAGACGCAUUUGGAGAUAUCAGCUUCACGGGGCUGGGUCCCAGAUUUGGGAAGCAGUAUAUAAGAGUAUCUUCCGACACUCCAUCUGGAGUUCUCUACCAGCUGAUGACUGAGCAGUGGGGUCUCGAAGUUCCAAAUCUUUUAAUUUCAGUAACCGGAGGAGCCAAGAACUUUCGUAUGAAAAUGAGACUGAGAAACAUUUUCCGCAGAGGUCUGGUGAAAGUUGCCCAAACUACAGGUGCUUGGAUUAUUACUGGGGGCUCCCAUGCUGGUGUAAUGAAGCAAGUUGGAGAAGCAGUGAGAGACUUUUGUGUGGGUAGCAACAACAAGAACAGUGAAAUCGUUGCGAUCGGUAUAGCUACUUGGGGGAUUGUUCAUAAGCGAAGCAGUUUAAUCUCAUCAACAGGACUGUUUCCAGCUGAAUACCAGAUAGAUGAAGAAAACCAAGGAAAUGAGUCCUGCUUAGAUAAUAAUCACUCCCACUUCAUACUUGUGGAUGAUGGGACAAAUGGAAGGUACGGUGUGGAAAUCCUCCUGAGGAGCAAGCUGGAGAAAUUCAUCUCAGAGCAGACCAAAGAGAAAGGAGGGGUUGCCAUCAAGAUUCCGAUAGUCUGCGUUGUGUUAGAGGGAGGACCCGGCACGCUUGAUACGAUCUACAAUGCUGUCAUCAACAACACUCCUUGCGUCAUUGUGGAGGGGUCCGGAAGGGUGGCUGAUGUCAUCGCCCAGACUGCACAACUUCCCAUUUCGAAAAUCACAAUCUCAUUUGUCCAGGAAAAACUCCACGCUCUAUUCCACGAUACGUUUGACACCUUUACAGAGCACCAGAUUGUUGAGUAUACGAAAAAGAUCCAGGACAUCAUGCGGCACAGCCACUUACUGACCAUCUUCCAGGAGGACAAGGAUGACCAACAUGAUAUUGAUGUUGCCAUUCUUCAGGCUCUACUUAAGGCUUCACUGACACAUGAUCAGCAGGGGCGUCAGAACUGGGACCACCAGUUAAAGUUGGCCGUGGCAUGGAACAGGGUGGACAUUGCUAGAAGUGAGAUCUUUACCGAUGAUCAUCAGUGGAAGCCCUCAGAUCUUCAUCCGGUGAUGACCGCAGCAUUAAUCGGCAAUAAACCUGCCUUUGUGAAGCUCUUUCUGGAACAUGGUGUCCGUCUGGAAGAAUACGCCACCCAAGAAACGAUAAUAAACCUAUACAACAAUAUAGACCCAUCCUGCCUGUUUUAUAGCAAACUUGCAAAAGUCUUUGAGGAUGAAAGAUUUCGUCAAGAAUUCCUUAAGACGCCGAAACUGCGUCUACACCACGUGUCACAUGUUCUGCGAGAGCUCUUGGGUGAUUUCACAAAACCACUUUAUCCGAAGCCCAAAAGUACAGAAAGACCUCAAAUAUCUAUUGCGGUUCCGCACAUCAAAAUAAAUGUACAAAGAGUCACUCUCCGAACCCUUCACAGAAGAUCUCAAGGAAGAUCACUGUGCACAAUGGAUCCCAUCAGGGACCUUUUCAUAUGGGUCAUUGUUCAAAACCGGAAAGAACUUGCAGACAUAAUAUGGGCACAGUGCCACGACUGCAUAGCGGCCGCCCUCGCGUGCAGUAAGAUUCUAAAAGAGCUCUCGAAAGAGGAGGAGGACACGGACACAUCGGAGGAUAUGCUGUCCCUGGCUGAGGACUAUGAACAGAAAGCCAUUGGUAUUUUCACGGAGAGUUACAGGAAAGAUGAAGAACGAGCUUUGAAGCUUCUCAUACGGGUUUCUGAAGCCUGGGGACAAGCCACCUGCUUGAAACUGGCUCUUGAGGCUAAAGAUAUGAAGUUUGUAUCUCACGGAGGCGUCCAGGCGUUCCUUACAAAAGUCUGGUUUGGAGAGUUGAGCGUGGACAAUGAGUUAUGGAGGGUGAUACUUUGUAUGCUCUUCUGUCCUCUUCUUUAUACUCGUCUGUUAGCGUUCAGGUAGAAUCCAUGCGUGCCUAAGCACACGCAGUCCAUGACCUUCACCGAGCGCUUCCAGGCUUUCUUCAUGGCGCCAGUCGUCAUCUUUCAUCUCAAUAUCUUGUUGUACUUCGGCUUCCUCCUGCUCUUUGCGUAUGUGCUAAUGACCGAUUUCCAGCCCGUGCCGUCCUGGAGGGAGCACGUGAUCUAUUUCUGGCUCUUUUCUCUGGUUUGUGAAGAAAUAAGGCAGUUGAUCUAUGACCCCGAUGGCUUUGGGCUUCUGAAGCAAGCUUCACUGUACAUCAAUGACUUCUGGAAUAAACUUGAUGUCUGUGCCAUUCUGAUCUUCAUCAGUGGUUUAGUUUGCAGAUUAAUUCCAGCAACGUUUUAUCCGGGGAGAAUUAUUCUGUCACUAGAUUUUGUCAUUUUCUGCUUGCGCCUCAUGCAUAUAUUUACUAUAAGCAAAACCCUGGGACCUAAAAUUAUCAUUGUUAAAAGAAUGAUGAAGGAUGUCUUCUUCUUCCUGUUCCUCCUGGCGGUCUGGGUGAUAUCUUUUGGAGUGGCAAAGCAAGCGAUAUUGAUCCACAAUGAGAUCAGAGUGGACUGGAUAUUCCGCGGGGUUGUUUACCAUUCCUAUAUGACGUUGUUUGGACAAAUUCCCUCCUAUAUAGAUGGAGUGAAUUUCAACAUUGACCAGUGUACGGUGAACGGGACCGAUCCCAACAAGCAGAAAUGUCCCGAAUCCAACAAGGAGAACCAGCAGCCGGUCUUCCCCCAGUGGCUGACCGUGUUACUACUCUGCCUCUACUUACUGUUCACCAACAUCCUGCUGCUGAAUCUGCUCAUUGCCAUGUUUAACUACACUUUCCAGCAGGUGCAGGAACACACUGAUCAGAUCUGGAAAUUCCAGCGUCAUUAUCUGAUAGAAGAGUAUUACGGUCGGCCUCCUGCCCCCCCUCCCUUCAUUCUCUUAAACCACCUGCAUAUGUUCAUCAAACGCUUCAUCCUUCAUGAAACUGCUGGGAAACAAAAGCAACUUAAAGAAAAGCUGGAGAAGACGGAAGAGGCCGCUCUGCUUUCCUGGGAGAGUUUUUUAAAAGACAAUUAUUUGCUGUAUCUUAAAAAGCAGAUGAAACAAAGCGCAGAGCACAAGAUAAAAAACACAAAUGACAAUGUUAAUACAAUCGUAGACAUAUUAGAACUAAACCAAGUAAAAAGGAACGGAUCCAUGGAAAAUCGACUGAUUGUGUUGGAAGAACAGGCGCUAAGAUCUGCAAAAGCCUUGAACUGGAUAGUCAACACGCUCCUGGACAACGGAUUUGGUUCCAGAGAAUCUGCUCCUGUAAUUGUCUCCAGUAAGUUACUUGGGGACGUAGACCUCAGAGAUGCGGAUGAAGCAAUUCGCUCCCAAUGCCACGUGAAUUCCAGGAACAUUCAUUACCCUGACUCCAGCCUGGUGCGUUUCCCUGUGCCCGACGAGAAGGUUCCUUGGGAAGUGGAAUUCAGCAUUUAUAAUCCUCCGUUUUAUACAGCUGUUAGAAAAGACAAAAAUUUCCAUGAUCCUUACACAAGCUCUGCCGAGACUCUUCUAAAAAUCAACUACAACACUUUUGACGGAACCAUCAAUCGUCAAAGUGACUGUGCAACCUAUGUGGUACAGGAGGGACUGCCUCUGAAUCCAAUGGGACGAACUGGAUUGAGAGGCAGAGGAAGUUUAUGUUGGUUUGGCCCGAACCAUGCAGUGCACCCUGUAAUAACACAGUGGAAGAGAAAUAAGGAUAAAUCUAUUAGUAGAAAAAAGUCAAAGAAAAUGCUGGAAGUCCUGGUGAUGAAACACAGCUCAGCGGAGCACUGGGCUCUCCCGGGGGGAUCACUGGAACCAGGGGAAGCCCUUCCGCGCAAAUUAAAGAAGAUCUUCAAAUACAAAUUCUUAGAAACUUUCCAAAACUUCAUGAGCAAAAGCAGAGAAGUAUACAAAGGAUAUGUUGAUGAUCCAAGAAAUACAGACAAUGCUUGGAUCGAAACAACUGCAAAGAGCAUACACUAUGAUGAGCACGAUGACCCACUACUACUAGAAUUAAAUGAAAAUAUACAAUGUCAUGAUGAAGAGUACGCUGUCCAGUGGCAAGUUGUAGACCAGAGAAUACCCCUUUACGCAAAUCACAAAGACAUUCUGCAAAAGGCCGUGGACUGUUAUAACUAGAGAUGAGCGCCUGAAAUUUUUCGGGUUUUGUGUUUUGGUUUUGGGUUCGGUUCCGCGGCCGUGUUUUGGGUUCGAACGCGUUUUUGCAAAACCUCACCGAAUUAUUUUUGUCGGAUUCGGGUGUAUUUUGG